AAAAUAUCCUUUACACUACUAUAUAAACAAAAACUAACCUCAACCUCAAGCGCCUCAAGUAACAGAAACAGAUAACUUACCAUUCUCAUGUAAUCUUAGUUUUAUUCCAGUCUUGUUGUCGCCUUUUAUAAAAUAUAUUUAUUGAUUGGAUGUUAAUCGAGCCCUAAUCUAGUAACCAUGUUCCCGAAUCCAACAACCGAUCAGGUCAUCGGAUUUGAUGAAGAUGUCGAAGAGGAAACAGGACCUAAAAAGGCUUCUACAAAAAAAAUGGGUGGAUUUUAUCGACUUAAUCUACAUCCAUCUGUUCUAAAAGGUGUUCUAAAGCGAGGAUACAAAACACCUACGCCAAUUCAAAGAAAGACAAUUCCACUCAUCAUGGAAGGUAGGGAUGUGGUGGCUAUGGCUCGAACUGGCAGCGGAAAGACAGCAAGUUUUCUGAUUCCGCUCUUUGAGAGAAUUUUGGCCAAACCCAGUAAACAUUCUAUCAAAGCACUUAUUUUAUCUCCAACAAGAGAACUCGCAUUACAGACAAUGAAGUUUGUCAAAGAUCUGGGAAGGUUUUGUGGAGUGAAAGCCGCUGCAGUGUUGGGUGGAGACUCUAUGGACUGUCAGUUCUCAGUGGUACACAGCAAGCCGGACGUGGUCGUAGCCACUCCCGGUCGCUUCCUCCACCUCUGCGUCGAGAUGGACCUGAAGCUUACGGAAGUGGAGUACGUUGUGUUUGACGAGGCAGAUAGGCUCUUCGAGAUGGGCUUUGGAGAACAGCUCAAGGAGAUUAUACACCGCCUCCCUGAGAGUCGGCAGACUCUACUGUUCUCAGCCACACUCCCCAAAGUACUCGUAGAGUUUGCUCGAGCUGGUUUGACCGAUCCGGUUUUGUUGAGAUUGGAUGUAGAAAGUAAACUACCCGAGACGUUGGCGUUGUCGUUUGUGUCGUGUCGGUCAGAUGAGAAGCCUGCGGCUUUACUCACUCUACUUGACCAUGUGAUCGCACCAGAUAGCCAAGUGGCAAUCUUUGUCGCUACAAAGCAUCAUGUUGAAUAUAUACAUAUGCUGCUGGACCAGGCUGGGGUGCCUAACACGUUUGUCUACUCAGACCUGGACCCGUCGGCUCGUAAGAUCAACACAGCCAAGUUCCAGACAGGCAAGGUGAAGGCACUCAUAGUCACCGAUGUCGCGGCUCGAGGUCUCGAUAUUCCCUCUCUGGACGCCGUCAUCAACUACAACUUUCCAGCCAAGGCCAAGCUGUUUGUCCACAGAGUUGGCAGGUGUGCCAGAGCUGGUAGAGCAGGGACUGCUCACUCUCUAGUGGCCGGGGAUGAGCUAUGCUACUUGUUGGACCUGUGUCUGUUCCUGGGCCGCAGCCUCAGUUGUGUAGGGUCUGAUGACUCGGCUGCUGCGCCUGACGCCCUCGGACGCAUCCCUCAACACCUGCUGGACGAGCAACUCAGCAAGAUCAUACUGUGGCACGACAACAACUCUGCUCUGGCAGGACAGAGGCGUGUGAGUGAGAACGCAUACAAGCAGUACCUGCGGUCGAGGCCAGGCGCUUCAGUAGACAGUGUGAGAAGAGUCAAGGAGUUACCUACAGCGACCCUCGGGGCUCAUCCCGCGUUUGUCUCCAUCUCUAAACCUCUACUGGACCGAGCCUCCAUGCUUGUACAGAUGAAGAAUUAUAAACCGCAAGGGACAGUUUUUGAAUUUGGCCAAAGCUCUCAUGUGCAGUCCUACAAUGUGAUGAAAACAAAACGUACCAAGGACAGUGAGAAAAUAUACAGGUUCAAACAGAAGUUGAAGCAGGACAAUGUAAUGUGUGAAGGCGAAGAGAAGAAGUUGGAGUUGGAGUCCAGCAGUGUGGCAGACAUCAGCCGCACAUUCAGUAGAGUGAUCCUGCCAGCCAAGCGUAGAGAGGCCCGAGCCUUGUCAGGGGGAGGCAAGAGGGUGAAAGUGGGGGGAGUGGACACCGAGAACUUUAUCCCUUACAAACCUGCUGACUCUCACAGUGAACAAGGAUUGGCAGUAGAGAACUUCCAACAGACAGCUGAUAGAGCCAUGUUGGACCUGACUGGAGACACAGACAGAGCUCUGCGGCAGGGAGGCCAGCGUGCCAAGAUGGUGUGGGACAAGAAACGCAAGAGGAUGGUUGGAGUGGAAACUAACAGCAAGGCUGGCAAGAUCAAGUCAGAGUCAGGCACAUGGAUACCGGCCUCUUACAAGAGUGGCCGCUACAAGGCCUGGGUAGAGAAGAACAAGGCUGGAGAGGAGCAGAGCGAUGAUGACGACAAUGACAAGGACAAGGCUGCCAAAUUGAAAACUACCCCCAACACCCGCUGGGGCAGACACAACAUCAAAGCACAGCAGAAAGAAAAGUUUAAAUUGAAAAACGCUGACCAGAUCCUCAAGCAGAGAAUGAUAGCUGAGAAGAACAGAAAAAGGAAUUCAAAAAAGAAGUCUAAGAAAAGAAAGUAAAAUAAAAACGUUUUAAUUUUGCAUUUAAUUGUGUUGUUUUAUUGAAUAAACCUACCGA